GUAAGGCUUUACAAGCGGUUUAGUUUCAAAUUGUAACAAAUUUGCAGCAGUUCUACUGGCAAAACGGUUUCGGUCGCAUUGAAUUUUAAACAAAACUUCUGUCUUCCUUAAGUUAGUACAUAACACACUCGUAAUGUGGAUGCUUAAUUACUUGUCCUGCGUCUUAAUAAUUGUCACACUUUAUUGUGCACGCGCCACAAUCGCUACAUUAGCAGCCGAAGGUAGGGAUAAUGCCACACCCGGUACGAAAGGUUUUCUACCAACGCCAACUCGUGAGAAUAUCGAAAGCCCCUCGCGUCCUAUCGGCACUGUUUAUAAAGCGGAAGACUGCCUGACCAAUUCAUUAAACUCGGAUUCAAUUUAUUGUCGCGGGUCUCGGGCCAUUCGCAACGUAAUUAAGAAUUUAAAUCGACGCGAUAAACCAUUGGUGUUGAUGCGUGGCCUAGAAAUUGUACCAAUUGAGCCAGUGUUAAACGAUAUACCCGCGGAGCCUGCUUUGGAGAAUGAUGACACCUUCUUGGGCUAUGUCUCAGAGUAUUUGCGCAGUCAUGAAUUGAAUAUUAAAUUUGCUGAUUUACUGGCCGAUGAAAGUGAACGUUAUUUGGCGUACGAUGUGGAACGAAACGCUCAAGGGGACGGUAUUCAAGAAGCGCGUAAGAAAGACAAAGGACAAGGGAUGAUCCUGGCCAUGGCACUGAUGUUUGGCAAAAUGAUGGCAGUCAUGAGCCUGGGCGGCAUUGGAGCAAUGGCUAUGAAGGCGCUCGGUGUGGCAAUGACUGCUCUCAUGAUGGCCGGUAUUGUGGGUAUAAAAUCUCUAAUGCAUGGUGGUCAUGAAAGCAGUCACAGUGUACAGUAUCUCAGUGGUGAUGGUCAUCAUCAUAUGCGUCGUCGACGUAGCAGUUAUGAUCCGUUACGACUGCCCUAUCGUGGCUGGCAGCAAAAGCAAGCUGAGUUAAUAUAGAUUCAAACGAAUAAAUAUAUUUUAAGUUAUUAAAAAAUAUAUAUUAGCUAGUUGUUAAUUAUUUAUUUUAUAUGUAUAAAUGACAGAACACUUACUAAUUAAUACUUAUUUCUGACCAGUAGAAGGCAAAUUCAAUAAAGUAGUUGAAAAA